UAACACUUUCGGCUGACAUGUUUGGCUUGCGUGCUCUUCAGGACUCGUACCCUGGUCCUUAGUAUCGCAUAUGCAACACACUAUCAGUUGAGUUUCCGUGCAAUUUGAUCACAAUUAAACAAGCUUAUAAAUGUAGUUGGUUAUGUAAUGCAAAUGUUUUUCAUUGAAAUGUUUUUGAAAUGAAAUGUUUUUCAUUUUUCAUUGAACGGCUCAUUAUCAUCACGUAUAUAUUUGACUCGAAUGCUGAUGCGGAAGCGGCAGCGGAAGUGGUAGCCCUCGUGCAAAGCCCUCCUCUUGUGAAGACCUACUUGUGUAAAGACCAGCGAGUCUACCUGUGCGAGUCCACCAAGCAAGGACACCGACAAGGCGCCACUCACCAUAGCACUUAAGUAUCUUGUUAUUGUAUCUCUUGUCUUACUUUCUUUCUAUAUACUAACAUGUCUACUUCACGAAUAACACAUGCCUUCAAGCACAUCCCUGUUAUCUGUUACAGACCAUUUACGCGAUAUCGAUGCAAGACCAAAUGCAACCCACACAACCUACAGCCACUUUGCACUUCAGCACCUGCUCCGUUCUCUUUCUCAGUGGGACUCUGGAACUGCCAGUCAGCUGUGAACAAAGCUGACUUCAUUCCAGCCUUUGCCACGCAGUCCACCCUCAGCAUCCUGGCACUGACAGAAACAUGGAUACGUCCAGAGGAUACAACAACACCUGUUGCUCUCUCCAACAACUUCUCCUUCUAUAAAACCCCUCGACACACCGGUAGGGGCGGGGGAACAGGUCAGCUGACAAACUUUCUUGAGGAGUUGGAUGUCCUGCUGUCCUCCUUGCCGGAGGAUGGUAGGCCACAUGUGGUUCUUGGUGAUUUCAACAUACACCAAGACAAGCCUCAGGCCACUGAAUUGAAUACUCUCCUUGCCUCAUUUGACUUGGAAAAACUACACACCACUGCAACUCACAGAUCGGGCAACCAGUUGGACCUCAUCUUUACAUGCCAGCACGUGCUACACCACCCAGCCCCUGGCUGUCUGACGUCCUUCGUGAACAUCGGACUGACCUCAGACCAGCUGAGAGGAGAUGGCGGAAAUCUAAAGAUCCAGCAGAUAUAGAACAAGCUGCUGGAUGACAAUCAGUCAGGCUUUAAAAGUGGACACUCCACCGAGACCACCCUGCUGUCUGUCACCGAGUCGCUGAGACGGGUGAAAGCUGAAUCAAGAUCACCAGUCCUGAUUCUGCUGGACCUUUCUGCAGCCUUUGACACAGUCAACCAUCAGAUCUUACUCUCUACCCUCUCCUCGCUGGGCAUCACAGGAACUGUGCUUGACUGGUUUAAUUCCUAUCUCUCAGGUAGGUCCUUCAAGGUAGCCUGGAGAGGUGAGGUAUCCAAGCCACAUCAGCUACUUACUGGGGUACCUCAGGGAUCAGUGCUUGGGCCACUUCUCUUCUCUAUAUACACAACAUCACUGGGACCCAUCAUUCAGGCACAUGGUUUCUCUUACCACUGUUACGCUGAUGACACGCAACUCUACUUGUCUUUCUAGCCCAACGACACCACAGUGACUGCUUGAAUUUCUGCCUGCCUGGUGGACAUCUCGGCCUGGAUGAAGGAGCACCAUCUGCAACUCAACCCAGCCAAGACUGAACUCCUUGUCUUUCCAGCCAACCCUGCUGUUGAACACAACAUCACCGUUUAGCUGGGUGCAACUACAGUAAUGCCUUCCAAAUUGGUCAGAAAUCUAGGGGUAACCAUCGACAACAGACUAAAUUUCACAGACCACAUCUCAGAGACCGCAAGAUCAUGUAGAUUUACACUCUACAAUAUCAGGAAAAUAAGACCCUUCCUCUCUGAACAUGCCACACAACUGCUUGUCCAGUCACUUGUCAUAACUAGACUGGACUACUGUAACGCUCUCAUUGCAGGCCUCCCUGCAUGUGCAAUUAGACCCCUCCAAAUGAUCCAGAAUGCAGCAGCACGUCUGGUCUUUAAUGAACCAAAGAGAGCACAUGUUACAUCACUCCUUGUCUCUCUCCACUGGCUACCGGUUGAUGCACGUAUCAAAUUCAAGGCUCUGAUGCUGGCAUACAGAACAGUUACUGGGUCCGCUCCAGCAUACCUAAAAUCAUUUAUGCUGAGCUACGCACCCACUAGAAGUCUGCGGUCGGCUAAGGAACGUUGCCUUGUUGUACCAACACAAAGAGGCACCAAAACACUUUCCCGGACUUUCAGCUUCAUCAUACCACGUUGGUGGAACGACGUUCCCAACUCCAUCCGUGAAGCUGACUCACUCUCUGUCUUCAAAAAACGACUAAAAACACAUCUUUUCCAUGAGCACUUAACCAGUCAUAAAAAAAAUAAAUAAACAAAUAAAAUAAA